CCCUUCGCGCCGCGGAUGGCGCAGGCGCGUUUCGGAGGCUCGCGCUUGUGCUCCGAGCGCUGAGAGCCGGGCCGGGCAGGCGGGCGCGCGCGGGCUGGGCAGACGGGACGCGCGCCGUAAGCGGGCCGCUGGAGGGGUCUAGUUGGGCGGUGUCAAGAGCCGGACCCACGAGCUGAGGAGUGGGCACCGCGAUGGCCGAGGGCAGCGCCGUGUCCGACCCUCACCACGCCGCGCGCCUGCUGCGAGCGCUCAGCUCUUUCCGCGAGGAGUCCCGCUUCUGCGACGCGCACCUGGUCCUCGACGGGGAAGAGAUUCCGGUGCAGAAGAACAUCCUGGCAGCUGCCAGCCCGUACAUCAGGACAAAGUUAAACUAUAACCCUCCAAAAGAUGAUGGAUCAACCUAUAAGAUUGAACUUGAAGGGAUAUCGGUAAUGGUUAUGAGAGAGAUCCUGGAUUACAUCUUCAGUGGGCAGAUCCGGCUGAACGAGGAAACCAUCCAGGACGUUGUGCAGGCCGCAGACCUGCUCCUGCUGACGGAUCUUAAAACUCUGUGCUGCGAGUUUUUGGAAGGCUGCAUUGCUGCCGAGAACUGCAUCGGUAUCCGAGACUUUGCACUUCAUUACUGCCUGCACCACGUCCAUUACCUGGCCACGGAAUACCUGGAGACGCACUUCCGAGAUGUCAGCAGCACAGAAGAAUUCCUAGAACUGAGUCCUCAGAAGCUUAAAGAAGUGAUUUCUCUUGAGAAGUUAAACGUUGGCAACGAAAGAUAUGUAUUUGAAGCAGUCAUUCGGUGGAUAGCGCAUGACACAGAAAUAAGAAAGGUCCACAUGAAGGACGUCAUGUCAGCACUCUGGGUUUCAGGGUUGGACUCCAGCUACUUGCGGGAGCAGAUGCUGAGUGAGCCGUUGGUCCGCGAGAUCGUCAAGGAGUGCAGCAACAUCCCGCUCAGCCAGCCGCAGCAGGGCGAGGCCAUGCUCGCCAGCUUCAAGCCCCGGGGGUACUCGGAGUGCAUCGUGACCGUCGGUGGCGAAGAGCGGGUUUCACGGAAGCCAACAGCGGCGAUGCGAUGCAUGUGCCCCCUUUACGACCCUAACAGGCAGCUUUGGAUUGAACUGGCCCCUUUAAGCAUGCCGAGAAUUAACCACGGAGUCCUCUCAGCAGAGGGAUUUUUAUUUGUGUUUGGGGGCCAAGAUGAAAAUAAGCAGACCCUGAGCUCAGGAGAAAAGUAUGACCCAGAUGCAAAUACGUGGACUGCAUUGCCACCAAUGAACGAGGCAAGACACAACUUCGGAAUCGUGGAGAUAGACGGAAUGCUGUACGUGCUGGGGGGAGAAGACGGUGAGAAAGAGCUCAUCUCCAUGGAGUGUUACGACACUUACUCUAAAACCUGGACAAAGCAGCCUGAUUUGACCAUGGUUAGAAAGAUCGGCUGCUAUGCAGCUAUGAAAAAGAAAAUCUAUGCCAUGGGUGGAGGCUCCUAUGGAAAACUCUUUGAGUCUGUGGAGUGUUAUGACCCGAGGACCCAGCAGUGGACGGCGAUCUGUCCCCUGAAAGAGAGAAGGUUUGGAGCGGUAGCCUGUGGAGUAGCCAUGGAACUGUAUGUGUUCGGGGGCGUCAGGAGUCGCGAGGACAUCCAGGGGGGCGAGAUGGUGACUUGCAAGUCGGAAUUCUACCACGACGAGUUUAAAAGGUGGAUCUAUCUUAAUGACCAGAAUUUAUGCAUCCCCACCAGUUCCUCUUUUGUUUAUGGAGCCGUACCCAUAGGAGCCAGUAUUUAUGUCAUCGGAGAUCUUGACACAGGUACCAAUUACGACUACGUGCGGGAGUUCAAAAGGAGCACGGGGACCUGGCACCACACGAAGCCCCUGCUGCCCUCCGACCUCCGCCGCACCGGCUGCGCAGCCUUGCGUAUUGCCAACUGCAAGCUCUUCCGCCUGCAGCUGCAGCAAGGCUUGUUCCGGAUCCGUGUUCACUCCCCUUGAAGAGGACGCAGAGCAGCAGCAGAGCUCCUGACCAAGCGCCGUGACACGGCUCCGUGCGGGGACCGGAGGUGGCAGCCGAACCUUGCUCUGCGCGCCGGCCUUUGUGUGGUAACUCUGCUGGUUUGCUGUCGCUCGGCAGCCUGGGCCUCAGCUCUUGCUGGGGAGAACCGGUGUCUGCCGAGAAGCUCCUGGGAGGACUCGGUUCCUCCCACAGAUGUGUCUGUAGACCCCCCGGGGCUAGUCACUGUCAAAGGAAAAGGGAAGUGGGAAUCGGUAUGCUGUAAAAUAUCCAAGUUAGAAUACUAAGGUGCAUUCUCCCUGGAGGGAACCUGUAUCCGGCUUUGGUAAACAAACAAACAUCCGUAUAUGCAACUCAACAUAUCCAGACAUACCAAGAUUGCUUUUCUACCGCACUUGGGAGGACAUCCUAUGCCUAACUCUGCCCAACAAGCUGAGGUUUGUGCCUGCAGUGUUAGCUUGGACUCCAGGCCCACUUACUACUAGUACUCUGUCCUAAGAACCUUUUUAACAUUGUGUUGUGAUGAAUGGAAACUAAGGUAAAAUGUCUCCUUUAUGACACUCUAUCUUAGUAACCUGAAGAGGCGACCCAUGAAUGCGUCAGGUGGCAGGCCUCCCAUGAGCUGGAGGGGAGUUGCUGGCUUCUGUCUUAACUCCGAUGAGCGGGUGCCAGGCCGCCACUCCCGGGGUGGCGCGCUCCGAGCGGUGCAGGACCUCGUGCCCUGCCCUGCUCCCGCCCCCGCGCAACCAAAACCACUUUAUAAAGAUGAGGAUGUUCGGAGGCGACUUUAUAGAAGAAGGACCUGGGUCGGGUACCUAAUACAGGUCUGCUGUGACCAAAAAAAAGAAAAAAGAAGAGAAACCUGUCCAGAGAAGAUAUAUAGGGAUCAAAAACUUUUAAAAACAAUCUGUCUGAAAGCACACACAGUCUUGUUUACUACUGUUUAGGGUUGGAAAACGUGUCUUAGAGUGAAAAUCCAUGUCAAGAAUCUAGACUUUGUAGCAGAAUUUUCUCAGUGCCGUUCACUAGUACGAGUUUUAGACAAAUUACAAGUAAGGUUUAGCUGGUAGAAUCAACUACCUCAACUUAAUUUCGUUCUGUUCCUAGUCGAGUGAAUUAAUCCUUUCCUCCUCUGCUCGCUCUCACUCCCGGGUCGGCGCCUCUGCCCCGCUGCCCGUGGGGGGAGGACGUCUGUCACCAGUGGCGCUCACCUUGUGAGACGUUUUGUUUUCCAUUCAAAUUCUGCCACCGUGGUGUGGAACCAGGGGCUUCGGUGUGCUUGAUUACUUCAUAAUUUGAAUUUAUGCACUCUCGGAUUUCCGGUCAGUUUAAUAUGGAGCACCUCAUUUCGGAUUGUUUUCUACAGCCCCCCACCCCCAGUAUACAGAAGCAGCAGCAUUUGAUUUUAAAGAUUAACAAAGGUAUCAAUGUAUCAUUUGGUUCUAAUUUGAGAAGAGGAAUUUCUUCUAGAAACUUCCUGCAUGCACUGUUUGUGUGUUUUUCCCGUGCCUGUGAACCAUGGCUUGUGCUUUCCCACCCACGGACAGUGGAAGGGGAACCUGCCCCCGGUUUUGUUUCUCACACCUCUUCGAGGUCAGUCCCCGCGCUGGAACAGCUGCCGAGGAGCCUUGCCAGUGGACCUUCUAGGGACCGUGUGUGUCCACUGUAACUCUCCACCCUGGCCCAGGAGGUGGGUCAGAGAAGGUGUGAGGUUGUCAUUGUCUCUGUCGGUGGCACGAGGCCAGGGUUGCACGGCCGAGCUUGGUUCGGAAGGCAGAGCCGGCCUCGUUGCUUCGUACUGGCUGCCGGUCCGUUGUCUGCACACUUUCUUCCCAGAUACCCUGGAUGUCUUUUAAUCAGAGCUGCAAAUGGCCACUGCAGCUUUUCACAACGAGACGCUAGUUUUAGAGGACACACAUGGCUGAAAAGUGAAUUCUCUGUGGUAAAAUGCCCCGUACGAAACAGAACCUUGGCCUUGAGAAGCCACAACUGAGGUACAUUGAAGUAGCAGCUGCUGUCCUGUUCAAGCCGUGACAGGUAGCAAUUCCCUUUUCUUCACUUUCUGAAGUUUCAGGUCCUUCCCCGUCCACACCAGGCCUCUCCGAGGAAACAGGUCAUUGUUUGGGAGUGAAUGGGUCCCUGUUGCAAUAUUACCAGUGCCUGCAUAACCCAGUCAAUUCAUUUUAUAAAAAUAGUUCUUUUUUUUUUUUUUUUCUAAUUCAGUUCAUUGACAACUGUAGCUGCAGAAAUUAGGUAGUAUUUUUUAAAUAUAUUUGCCACAUAAUAUGGGAUGCAAUAACCAACAAAAGCUGCUAAGUGCCAAACUGUUAUUUUACUAUAUAUAAACAUAAAAAUACUAUGUUGAAGUAUAGGGAUGUAUUUAAUUUUAUUAUGUUCCAAAAUUAAUCAUGAUUCUUGGUAAAUUACAGUUAUUUCAGUAUUGUGAAAUAAAUUUUAACUCAUUUCACACAGGUUUGUGUUUUAACAUUCCGCUUAGGCCUUGAAACAUCCUUUCUUGAUAAAUUUUUGAUACUUCUUUUUCCAUAAGGCACUUUUACCAAGUGUAUGUUGGAAUUAGCGGCAAAAGAAUCGAUCUCAAAAUUUUAAAUACAGUAUCUUUGGGGGAAGUGCAAUUUAUUUUCAUUGUCCCACCAAGAGAAGGAAAGUUGUCUCAGGUUAGAAUGAGUGACUAUUUAAAGGAUCUCUUUCAGGCUACGGUAUAAAGUAGGUUUGUUUGUUUCUUUGUUUAAUACAUCCAAAUAUAGAUUUUUUUCAAAGAUUUAAGAGUUUAAUUCAAAAUGAAGUCUUUAUUAUUUUGUAUGUAUAUGAUAGUGCUUAUAUUCUGUGAGAGGUAAAAAGUGUGUGUGAGAUAGAGAGUGUGUGUGUGUGUGUGUGUGUGUGUGUGGGCGAGAGAGAGAGAGAGAGAGAGAGAGAGAGAGAGAGAGAGAGAGAGAGGUGACUUGCUCAGUCUGUUUGUACAUGUUUACUUUUGGAAUUGCCGUUCCAAACUACUUAUAUUAUUGUCUCCUGGUGCUUCAGAUAAAUUCUUGAGCCUGUGGCCCUUCAGUUAAUACUACUGUGUUAAACUCAUGUUGAGUGUGUAUAUUGACAUAGCCUUCAUGUUUCUCUCCUUGAGUGUGUUAAACAGUAUUUACCAACAAGUAAGUUGGUGUGCUGCGAAGAUUUAGCCCAAGAAAUUCAGAAAUUCAUUGUUUCUUUCAUUCGUUCCUUCUUUCAUUGCCGUGAGGAGUUGAUAGCUAGCAGUAGGCUUUUGUCAAUCUGUGCAACAACCAAAAAAGAAUAUUUAGGGCCUGUUGGGCCUGUUGUUUGUCUCUAAGUGUUCUCUUAUCCUGCACUACCACUUUAAUGAUGGCACUUUCUUCGGUGAUGCCUUGCAAGUGCCGUUUUUGUCAUUUAUGAGUGGGGAGUUCCCUAGGCAACGCACAGGAAAGGCAUCCUUCGUGUGGACAUGGGAAGACAGGGCCCCUUGGCUGCAGCACUUCAGUAACUCAGGGCGGCAAGUUAGGUUUUUGGAGAGACGUGUUAGCUGCCUUGGUCCGUUGGGAUUCCGUUCGGUGCAUUCCUGCUUCAGUGCACCAAACCAGGGAUCCCCAAAAGUUUUCCAAGGAGCGCUAAAAGCACUGCAGUAUUAACUUCCAGAAUGUUGGCUCUCUUGAGUCAGAAGGAGGCUGCCUGUGGUCAGAAGACGUGAUUAUCUGGAAAAAGAAUGAGACAGCACUUCCACUGCAUCAGUUUUAAAGAUGCUGGAGCCCCCUGGCAGGGCACCCUGUGGAAGGGAAGGGAGGGGCGAGGCCGUGAGCCUUGGGGAGAGGAGAGCCCCCGACGGGUGCAGAGAAGCCCACCCCGAAUUCGAUCAGCCAUGUUGACUGAGCGUUUUCUCAGACCUCCGCUUGGGUUUCUGGUGAGCCCAGCAUUGAGGCAGAUGAAAUACUGCAAACUCCCUGUGGGCAGGGACGCCGUCUCAGUCUUUUGCUAAUCCCAGUGCUUGACACGCAGGAGGUAGUCAGUACAUGUUUGACCACCGAUUAGAGUGUCCUCAUGAUCCAGGCGCUGGUCUUCAGCGCCCUGAAAAGGACUUAGCUGCAAAGGAGAUUUUAAAUGAGGAACGUGGUACACAGAUGGGCUGGGCUCGUCAUCCAGAGCAGGAAACCAGGCCAGACUAAAACAUGCCUGGCCUCUGGGACACACAGCUCCGUGGUCCCAUGUUCUGCAGGAUUUUUCAGACCCUGCACGCAGCACGCCUGAUGAUUUAAUGCACAUUUAAUGGUGGGUUUCGUUUGCUGCUUUUCACCCGGGUCAGAGUCCCCUCCAGAACAUAACUGCUUUGAUGUCGCAUCUCUCGUGGGGCAGUGCUCUCCGUAGGGCAGAGGCCCAGUAGACACAGCUCCACUCCCCACUUCCGAUGUGAGUGGACACCAACCGCAGGAUCAGGUCUUCGAAUGAUCCUUUCCUGGUGAGUCUGUUAAACAGUCACUUACUUUUCUAGGUGUACCAGUUUUUUUGCUUGGUUUUUGUUUUUUGCCACACCUGUGGCAUGUGGAUGUUCCCGGGCCAGGGGUGAAACGUGCACCACAGCCGUGACCCCAGCCGGGAUCCUUGACCCGCUGGGCCGCAGGAGAACUCCUAGGCCUACAGGUAUUUUAAUCAUGGAAUGAUCAUUUGUGGUAUAACUUAAACCCCCAACAUACCCUUUGUAAGUUGCACAAACAUAAACUAAACGAUCUUUGGCUUUCUUUGUCAGUCAGCCAUAGGAAAUUUGAGAACUUUCCCAAGUCCUAAGAAUGAAAGUGGUGUGUGUGUGUGUGUGUUUGAAGGAGAAGUCAUUUUUAUCUUUGAAGAGCUGAAGCUUCAUUUAUACUCCCUUUCUUAGCACGUGUUAUCAGCAAGGGGAAAGAUGCUGUGUCUUAGGAUGCUGAGAGCAUUUUGCUAGCUUCCUGGUCAUCCCUAGAGCGGUCUUUACAGCUGGUUGUGGAAACCGUAGACAUGCACGGUACAGGGGUGAGGACACCCCGCUUGCCCACCACUGAGAAGAACGUGAACUCGGGUUCAGUCUGUCCUGCCUGCUAACAUGAAGUCUCAGUCCUAUUGGGCUGGAGACUUCCUCUAUAUUUUUGGCAAGCCAGCCGGUAAAAAGUCUACAUUUUUUUGUAUUUGAAUUUCAAGCACAUCUCAGCUUUGUCUCAUCGCAAAUGAGACAUCCGGCACGCUCAGAUAGGACAGUCAGUUGCAUACCAUUCAGGAAAGUUAAUUCUUGUCCAGUUCUGUCAUCGAAGUUCUCUGAGCGCUCUUCCCUUUCCUACGAAAUCAGUUAUCUGACGCAUAAAGCAACAUUGCGUAAGGAUCUCGUGAGACAUGUCUCUUGCCUUUUCUUUUUGUAUUUUGAGAUAAAAACUAAUCUUUUAAAAUUGCUAAAUUGAAGUUUGGGCUAAUUAUGUGUGUGUGUGUGUGUGUGUGUAUUUUUUUAAUUUAUUUAUUUUAUUUUAUUUUUUUGCUUUUUAGGGCAACACCCGCAGCAGAUGGAAAGUUCCCAGGUUAGGGGUCAAAUUGGAGCUGUAGCUGCCAGUCUACACCACAGCUCACAGCCACACCGGCUUCUUAAACUGACUGAGCGAGGCCAGGGAUCAAACCCGCAUCCUCCUGGAUCCUAGUCGGGUUCGUAAACUGCUGAGCCACAAAGGGAACUCCGGGCUAAUGACAAUUUUUGAUACCGAUGUCCUCGUGGCCCUAUAGAGUUAAUUCUGAAAUCGCUGUGACUUGAAUUAGAGAACACGCAGGUAGGAAGGGUGACAGCCGGGAGAGUGGGCUACACACUGCCGGAGGUGACGUGCGGAGGCUUCGCCGUUUCACGUGGCCCGUGUAGACCAGCGACGCCUUCAGCUAAUUCAGAUCCCAAGUGGAUGCAGGUCCGUCUUUCUUUCUGCUUGGUGAAUUACACGUCUCAGACCUUUUUUUUUAGCAUUUCAGUACAAGUUGUUGGCUUUUAAGUAUCUUAGUUUUAUUAUUCUCACCCACCAGUCACGAAGAAGGUGUACCUUAGAACCUGGGCUUACAUUUUUUCCAAGUUAAACUGAGGAACUUGGCGGCUGAAAGAUGACUGCAAGCAGUUUGCUUUAUCAUGUUUCCUGUUUAAUUGGAGGAGAAUUACACAUGCACUUAUUCCCUGGUUCCGCGUGUUUAUAGGAAAAACCGUUCUCAGCUACCUCAUUAUGUAGUGUUGUGCUUGAUCCGCUGCCAGUUUAGAAGAAUUCAACACAUUCUGUCCUUUAACAAAAGCCUGGAAGCAAAGCAGUAAGCGGCCUUGACGAAUACAAUUCUCUAAGGCGUAGUUUCCAUUUUACCGCCUCUUUUUUUUUUUUUUUUUAAUAGGCACUUUUAAUCAGAAGGAACAAUAAUUCUCCUAGAGCUGCUGCAAAGUGAUUACUUGAAACUCGACUUGAACUUUAAAGAGUCUUUACAAGGCUGUGUUUUCAUAACGUAGAAAAGCUGUAUAUUUAAACGCCACUGCUGUGUGGCAAAUAGACGGCUUCAUUGCCAUCCUCGGUGGGAUCAGACAGGAGACAUUUUUUUUCUCUGUAAUUGGACCCAGUGCUUGGAAUUUUGAUGCGUGGGGCCACUGUGUUUCAUUUUCUAUAAGGUGCUACGGAUAGCAUUUUAAGGAUCUCUUGAGUGUUUUCGUGAAUUUGUUUCCCAAGAAUCUUAAUUUUGAUGGAAGCAGAGGGCUCAUCACAAAGCUCCUGUCCUCUUUUAGUUCUCACAACCUGGGGUUUGAAAAGGAAACACUGGCGUGUUCCCAAAGUGCAGGUUUGAGGUGACCGAACAACACAGUAUCGAAGUAUACUUACCAUCACGAGCUAUCAGCUUCGGUUUGUGUCCGUGGAGCGUCCCCAGCUUCCCCCUGCAGCGCCUCUACAGGGCACACGUGGGCGCUGUCCGCCCCGCAUGUGUCAGCUUAGCUGGGGGGUAAGUUAGGGGCAGCUGUGGGGGCAUCAGUUCUUAUAGACAGACCCCUCCUGGGGGUGAUUUCUUCUAGGAAUUACCCGGUACCACUCAUGAUCAAAAGAGAUAUGCCCCUUCCUGAAAACUUAGUGUACGAGGCGUAACUUCCAUACUGGGUAAGAUCUAAAACCUUAACUGCCCCUGUGCAUGAAUGAGAGAUCACAUUUAUGCUCGUGCUUUUUAGACGAAAGGGCUUGCUGCCGACGGCAGAGUUCAGCUAAGUUCUCCUCGGGUGGCAGCACGUCCAGCAUCAGUCACGGGGGAUCCCCCCGAGUGGUUUCCUGAGAAACGAGGCUCACCCGUCGAAAGCCCCAGCUUUCCCAUUUUAGUUAUUUUUGAGGACAGUGUCUGUAAAUGGGCCAUGUCCUGUCCCAGGCGAGCCCAGUGGUCAUGAGCACCCGUGGGUCUCGCUGCAGGUGCACGUGGGCUUGAAGACGCCGACUGCUCUGUGAGCUUGGAAGCCCUUUGACCCUGAGGCUCCAGCUCUUCCCUGUACAAGCAGGUAACAGGUGUUUCCCUGCCAGGCUUGCUGAGAGGGGGCAGCAGAGUGAGGAAGGUGAGAACUGGGCCACUAAAGACCGUGGCUGCUGCUGCCACCCACCAGCCUGGAGUGACGUAUGCCGUCAGCAGCUUUGGGGCCCGCACUGCCUGCCCCCAGCCACUCUGGCCUCAGCGCCCUGUCAUUCUCCUGUCUGCCACCCCAGGGUCCACUAGUAUGUGUGCGUUUGCUUUUACAAAUUUAGUUAAUUUCUGGAUCCGUGAUUCUGCUCUGCUUCUCCAAUACCUAAAUUCACAAUAACUCUAGAGAGUAGAAACCCCAAAAUACAUGUUUAGAAUGUUUAGAGUGGUCAUAAAUAUCUCUUAUUUCAGGAUUUGCCUAAUGAAGUACUCUAAUAUUUAAAACUCUUUCCUGAAGUUGGAAUUUUCUUCUUUCCUUGAAAUAUCAAAGGUAGUUGUCUUCAUUGGUCAGAUAAGGAUAUUUUAAGACCUCUGUUUGAGAUCAGUAGACCUAAACGAUGCUUUCUAAGCUUGGAUGUUUUUUGGUUUUUUGGUUUUUUUGCUUUUUAGAGCCACCUCACAUGACACCUGGAAGUUCCCAGGCGAGAGGCCGAAUCGGAGCUAUAGUUAUUGGCCUACACCACAGCCACAGCAACGCGGGAUCUGAGCUGCAUGUGCAAUCUACACCACAGCUCAUGGCAAUGCCAGAUCCUUAACCCACUGAGCGAAGCCAGGGAUCAAACUCCCAUCCUCACGCAUCCUAGUCGGGUUUGUUAACCAUUGAGCCAUGAAGGGAACUCCUGAGCUUGAAUGUUAUGUGAAACUUAAAAACAAACUUUAUGUUGUAUGUGUGUGUAAUUUCUGUACCUUCAGAUAAAGAAGGGUUAUUUAAGAAACUGAUCCCCAAAGUGAACUGGUUAAUCCUUUUAUAAAAUCCCUUCCUCUCCAGUUCAGAUCACAGACUGGCGGAUUUAGCAGGUACGUGACAUACCCAGCUUAUCUUGAUUUCAGUUAGACAUUUGAUAAAGUCAUUCCUGGUAUUUUUGUGAUUGAGAAAAGGAAGUAGAAGCAGACGUGAGAGGGCUGAGAAGUACCGGGCAGCGCUGACCCGAUCGCAGCCUUGGCGUCGUCGGUGGAGCCACUCGAGCAGUGUCUGUUUUUAACGUUUUCAUUAGUAACUUGUGUAAAAAUACAGACAGCAGAGGAAAGUGGUGGCGGAAUUCAGCGCUGGGUGCCAGGCUCUGCAGUGCUUUUUACAGUCUAAUCACGUGGCUAAGUGUAGCCUCAUGUCCAGGUUCAGAGAAGAUGGUUCCCAUGUGAAGGGGAGAGAAAGAGCGGGGCAGGCGGGAAUCGCGGAUCAUGUGAACAUGAGCCAACCGCUUCACCCAAGCCCGGUGCCCUGGUCUGCGUGGGGGCGGGAGCCAGAAAGGUGGCUCUGCAGCUUCGCGCACGCCGGGCCCCCGGGCCCCGCACCUCCGCCAGAGAGGCUGAGCCAGCCUCGAGGCCACCUGGAGGAUGGCAGCUGGGUUGGCGGCCAGGCUCCGGCCCUCGGGACGAGCAGAGCGCCUCGCUCAGGCCACCAGACAAAAGCUGUAGAGGCAGGACGUGUCCAUCAGCUUCAGAACUGUCACCGAGAGUUGCCUGGUAAGACAACGGGCCCUGCAGCGCUGGGCUCAGCUCCGAGGGCCAUCCCCUCGGUGGCCCCCAGCGCCCGGGACUGCCAGGGUCUCGGUGUCAGCGAGAGGAGUCCUGCUUGGUGCCAGGAGAGGGGUCCCAGUCCGCAAAGCUUCUUGCAGACAGGAGGUUGGGCGAGCAGGUUAGUGACAAAGUGGGAAGGCGAGCAAGGCUCGUCCUCUAACUCGCACCUUGUCUUUGAGAGGCGUCUUUGUCCUUUCGCCAUGCCACCCCCCACCCCCCGCCGCCCGGUCCCGCUGCCCCCCCCCACUCACCUUCCCUUGACUCUGGCCACAGCUGCAGCAGCAGAACCCUCAGAAACAAACAUAUUUCUAGAGAUCGCCCUCAAACCGUGCUGUCACCUAGAACAGUGAUUCCUGCUUUCUCUGUGCUGUUUUUCCUAAAUCUCUCAGGAUCUCUGCAGGCUUAGGAAAGCUGCCGAGUGACCAUCUUUUCAGCAGGGCCUGGCUGCCCCCGGGGCCUGAGAGGCUGUCAGGGGAUGGGCGGGGGCAGCCGGCUGGGCCGACCUCUUCCAGCCCCUCCACCUCCAGGCCUGGGUCCCCUUGCUGGAGGGUUACCGUGUCAUCCCUUAGAGGCGUUGCCAGAGGACCGGCCUCCCCUCGGGCUCUGCCUCUCCUCCUUCUCUGACCACCCCCACCCCCACCCCAUCCCCCUCAGUCUCACUCCUGGUUCUGGAGGGAGAGGGAGGGUGUCACUCCCCCGUCUGAGUCUGAGUCUCUUCCCCACUCCACCUGCCCCAGAGCAGAGGGAACAAGUGGGGACCAGGGCACCCCCAGUUCCCGUCCAGGUCCAGGUUCUGGUCUUAGGGAGGGAGCUGUGUGCUCUGCUCUCCCAGGCAUGUGGGUUUUCUCCCCAUCUCCUCGGUGUCUGCACCGUCGAAUAACCUGUUUGGACCAGUGUUCAUUCUCUUCCCCGCGUCCCCUUCUGCCCGCACAGGCUGCAGGUGGAGCCUCCUUGCUGGGCCGCCGAGGAGCUCAGUCAGGUGGAAGGAGAUGGUUUGGGUCAUGUGUUGAGAGCGCCCUGACUUACAGGCUAAUCCCGACAUCGCGUCCCACCGUCUCACCCCUUCCCUCUCCCAGCCUGGUUUUUUAACUGCUUGAAUUAUGUGUCCCCCAAAAAAGGCAGGGGAGACUCUUCUGGUGCCCCAGACCAUUAUCCUAAAAAUACUUGGAGAAAGGCGUUCUUCCGGGAGCCGCCGACCUGGCCUUUGCGACCAGCACUUUCUGCUGCCAGGGAGCCAGGCGGGUCACCCCGGGCAGCUCCCAGAGGCUGCACCACUCUGCCCCUCCCGGGUGAGAACGGGGGGCGGGAGGGGGACCGGGGCCUCCCCCAGCCCCCCGCGUGGCCAAGUGCAGCUUUGAGCUCCUUCAGCAGCUUGACCAGAACAGCCUCCCCGAGGCCCGAGUUGCCCCCCGCCCCUUCCCCAUCUGCCCCCGAGGUUCUCAGGGCUCUGUCCUGGAGCCAGACAGAGGGGCUCCAGACGCCGCACGCACUACCUCAGCACCCGGCCUUCAGGCGCCACGCAGGCCCCACGGCGUCUGCCACCCCCCGUGGGUUCCUGAGAGCAGGGCAAGGCUGUGUCUCCUCUCCUUUAGCUCUGACUUCAGAACCCACUGCACUCCCAGCUGAGACUAAAAUCAGACACCAGAAUUGCUUGUGUACGAGAAGAGAAGCAUCUUCUCAUGGCUUUUUUUUCAAAAGGAUUUUUUUGCUUCAGAAGAAACUCCAGAAAAUAAGUGUACUCUUGUCAUCUCUGCAUUCGCUCGUUGAAUUUGACUCUUUAUGCUUUUUGUAAAAAAUUACGUAGGAUCUGGUACGUGGGGCCAAAGGGUGUCAUCACCUUAAAAAUAAGCCUCCAAUUUUGGUGAGUUUACAGCAUCGUUUUCCUGUAGGGGAACCUGCAUGUGAUAGUUGCGCAUGACAUCGGAGAUCACCAGAUUCCACGAGGAGAUACUUUAGGGUGGGAAGUGUAUUAAGUGGCCUCUGGAUGAGAAAAGUGCGGGCCGGUUAGCAAUGCUCCCCUAAUUAAUUGAGCGUCAGUGGCGUUGUCUGCUGAUGGGAUUCUCUCAUUUUGACUCACUUAUAACCCAGCUUUUGUGUGGUUCCUCCUUCCUGUCCCCCUUCACGUCGCUAGUGACGUCGUGACACUUGUUCCACUCUGAAUCGUACCAUUUGUGCAUUGUGACGACCAUGAAAAAUAACCAUGCUUUCGGCAGAACUUUGGAACACCCGUUAGAGCCCAUUCUGCAGUUGCAGCAGCGGAGCUGGGAGGGAUCCGUGGAUUAAACAAGAGCCCCUCCCUACCCCACCCCUUCACUCCCCGCUCCUCAGACACUGGCUUUUAGGAGCCCCUCAAGCAGGCUCUGGCAGACUUCGCUUUCUCACUGUGCGUUCCUGGUGACAGAGAUGCGUGUCCCUGUCUGUGAACCAGGUCCAUCCAUCACUCAUUCUAAACGUUUUCUAUCACCAGGGCCGUCUUCUGCUCCGAGAGAAGACGACCAAGAGAACUCCUUAAAACAGGACUGUAAAUUCAGCUUGACCCUCCCAAGUUCAGGGCUCACCUUCACAGCAGGCUCUGGUCCAGCAGAACCACCAGCAACCCUCCCGUUGACGGGUUGUCUGCAUGGGACCAGCCGCUGUACGUGACGGUCACCCUGGUCAGGUUGUAGCACACUCUCGAUUCGUCUUUUUGAUGCUUUUAAUACCAUGGCGUCCUUGAGUACCGACUUCCCGAAGUUCCGUAUCAGAAUUCAUCCUCUUAAACACAGAUCUUUGCUUAGUUAGUGUAUCUCUUAGUUUCUGACAUGGUGUGCCUAUAGAAUAGCUUUUUAAUUUAAACCCUGCAGCUCUUAUUAUCUGGUAAGGGUCCAAGUUGAGCAGUCUACGUUGACGUGUACCUAGAUGAGGUUAUGUUGUGUGCACUGAGGGAUCCAGAUUUUUAAAGAAAGACCUGCUGCUGAGAAAACCGGAGCUUUGCAAUGCGCUAUAUACAUAAGCUAGACAGAAGACAUGAUGUAGAAAGUUUAAACUCUUUGAAGCACUGGGAAGUUGCAACCUGUAGAAUUAGACUCCCCGCAUUCAGUAGGAUAGCAGAGAAAUAAAUUGCGGUGAUGUGCUUUCAUUGAAACGUCCUGUCUCCAGCAUCCUCUGGUCCAAGUGGAUUCGUUUGUUCUGCAGAAGUAAUUUUCUAUUCCGUUGCCGGUAUGACAUUUUCGUGAUGCUGAAGUAAUUUGGACUUAGUAACCUUUCUUACCAAGUCGCUUUAUGGUUUACAAAUAAUACUGAUGCAAAGAGGGUGUGUUAACUUCUUGAAUUAAGUAGCACGUGCUUUGUUUACCUGCUUCAUUUGAUUGUGGGGUAACCGUGGGGUUGAUCCCGUUUCACGAGCACAGGGUUUGUGCUUUGGGGACAUACUGCAAUUGUGCUGUUCUCUUGUACCAAGGAUCAGUGAAAGUGUUUUAUCUUUUUUAUGUAGUUUGUAUCGACGGGCUUUUAUAACUGUAAGAAAACAGAAACAGAGUGUUGUAUUUUGAUCUGAAAUUUGUCUAUGGUAAAGUAAAUUUUGUUUUAUGUAUCGGAAGUUCAUUUAAAACUUGAAAUAUUUUCUAGAAGGGUACCGAACAAGAGAAUCGUCUUUAAGCUGUUUAAUUCGCCUAAUAAAACACUUCGAUGGGGAAGGCA